AAAGCCCCGCCUCGUGCGUAGACGCGCGGCGACGGCGAUGGGGCUUAGCGGCCGUGCGGUGUGCUGUAUCGGGGCGCUUCUGUGGCGCAGGGCCGUGCUCCCAGGAGCCGGGCCUGCGUCGGGCGUGGGGCCCCAGCUCCGGCUGCUGUCUGUGCGGCGGCUUAAGGCGGGACCAGCGUUUGGCCCGGCCUGCCUGACCGCCGACCGCGCGCGAGGCCUGCACGGCGGGCCCGGCCUGGAGGAGGGGGCCGCGGAGGCAGCCGGCGAGGGGCGCCCGGAGUCAGGCACUGCAGAUCAUACUACUCCCAAGUUUGACAUCGAUGUGCUGGUUUCACUUCUGAGGCAAGAAAAUGCAAGAGACAUUUGUGUGAUCAAGGUUCCUCCAGAAAUGAAAUAUACAGAUUACUUUGUGAUUGGUAGUGGAACUUCCACCCGACACUUACAUGCCAUGGCCUACUACAUUGUGAGAAUGUACAAAUACAUGAAAAGUAAAAGUGAGCCUCAUGUUAAGAUCGAAGGGAAGGACACUGAUGACUGGCUCUGUAUGGAUUUUGGCAACAUGGUGAUUCACUUGAUGCUUCCAGAAACCAGAGAAACCUAUGAAUUAGAGAAAUUGUGGACCCUACGUUCUUAUGAUGACCAGUUAGCUCAGAUAGCUCCUGAAACAUUACCUGAAGACUUCAUUCUUGGAUUAGAAGAUGACACUUCUUCCCUGACUCCAGUGGAGUUCAAAUGUAUCUGGAAAAUGAAGCGGCAUUUGGGGCACAUUACAGAUGAGGAAUGGUCCAUAUUUGGUAAGUACAAAACUCAAUUACAGAAUUAUUCCCUAGCUAUUACCAGAUACUCCAUUACCAAUGCUUAAUUAAAAGUAAAACAUGAUUUGCCACACUAAAUGGCUGUAAGUGAAAUAUAUAGAAUUUAAACCAGCAGAUAUAAAUGCAGCACCAUCUGUAUGAAACAAAUACAAAUACUGGAAAAAUCAAAUACUGAGGAAGAGCUCUGGCCUUAAGCACAUCUCACUUGAAAAAUCCAACCAGAAAACCAGUCCUUUUUUUUUUAAGCAGUUCACUGUAUGAAAAAAAUAAUUAUGAAUGCCAGGUGAAUUCAGUGAUAAAAAGGGCACUUUUGGGCUAACACUACAAAAUAAACUGGUUUUUUGAAAACAUUUAGGAAAACAUUUCAAGUCAUUUUCAAAAUGUCUAAUACGGUGAUUUUCAGAAAAACUUACCCAGUCAGUGUAGAAAUCCACCUUGAAAUACAAAUGAGGCAAAAUGGGUUAUUAUAUAUAUGCCCUGUUCAGAUCAGUAUAAUACGAUGACUGUGAUCAUUUACUAAACAAAAGCAACAAAAUUUGAGAGUCGUAUGGCCUUUGGAGACCAUGCACACCCACAUAAUUGUACAUACCAGGCUUUGUUACCAAAUUAAGGAAUAGACAAAUGAGUUCAGUAUCAAAGGGCAAAUGUUUUAUCACACUCAUUCAAAUUAAUUAUACUCCAAAAAUUGUUUUCUUGUAUUCUCUACCUUGACUUAUUUUCAAAUAACUGAUGGCAGAGAAUACAGAAAUCCUACUGCAUUUUAUGUAAUAUUCUAGGUGGCUUUUCAUUUUUCUUGAUGUAUCAUUUAAAAAUCUUCAAAAUAGCUUAGUGAGGCUUAUAACAAUGCCUGGCACGUGGAGAUGUAGCCUGUUAUUGCUUUUAAACACUCACAUUCACAAAGCAUAUCUUCUGGGGUCUGCUCAAAGCAGAGAUCAAGUGGUCUGAAGUGUACUGGCAAACUCAGCAUGCUAGAUGACAGCUACAACUUGCUUUUUGCCAGUCAGUUUAAAGUCCACAGGGGCUGCAUCUCUUCACGGAUGCUUUUUCUUUAGGUAGUGAUAGUCCAAAGCACAAAGCAUUUCCAUGCAUUCAAUCACAUCGCUAAACAAAUCAGAGCCAUUUAAACUAGCCAUUCCAAAACCUCCUGCAACCACUUUGCUCUGUUAGUACCAUCGAAAACUUUCUCUACCAUAAAUGAAAAAAUGGUAUUGCUGCUCUCCAAAUAUAGGCACUGCUGCACAUCACUGAACAUUUAUUGUUUUUUCCAACUAAUAUCUGUGUCAAAAGCCUCAAAAGACCUGAAAUCAACUUUCCAGCUUUACUGUCACCAGCCAGAAGUAAAAAUUUUUUCUCCAUUAUCUGCCUGUUAGCUAAUUAAAUUUUAACUUUAUUUUUUUAAAAAACAGGUGGACUUUUAUCUUUACAAAGUAUAUAAAAUUUAAAAAAACAAAACAAAAACAAUUUUGCUUCCAUUGCAUUACUGAGAAUACCUGAGGUAGUUGAGUAAAAAUGCACAUUUAAUACCCCUGCCAACACCAUUCAGCACUUCCCUUAGGUUAUCAUGUUAGUGUUAGAUAAAAAUAAAAUCAAGAACAGUUUUCUAAGCUAAUGGCUUAACAUUUAAGGUCCUGUAAUCUAUUCUGAUCCAAUUUUAACAGUUGGACAUAGGAGCAAUCUAUAUUUUAUGAAUUUAGUGAAUGUAUCAUACAGCCAACUUCUGGCAUUAUGGGGGAUUAAGAAAAAUGAGAAUAGUUGUUACACUGAGAAUAACAACAAAAGGGAAGUGCAGAGCUCGUUUCUUUCCCUCCCCUCAUUUUUUUUUUUUUUUUAAAGCUGGGUGUCAUACAUUUCAGAGAGCAUAAAGUAUACAUUCUCACAGAGACAGUUCAAAAGUUGCCUGGUCCUCAGAAACAACUGGCUAGGUAGAAACUUGUGCCUGUGAUUCCGGAUGGGGUUCGAGCGCCCGUCUGUCUUUGGUCUGGCGGCGGCCCCUGUGGCUGCCGAGCCUCACUUGCGCCGUGGCUGAGGGGGUCCGCCCUGCACACCUUUGUGCUGCUGGUGCUGCCUCACCUGAGUCAGAAUUUCCUGAAUUUUCCUCUGGGCAACCUACGAGAGGACAGAGCUUUGAAAUUUCUACCUUUUAAAAAUUAACUACGUUAUUUUACUCUUCCAUUUCAACUUGAGAAAUUUAUUUGAAGAUUAAAGAUACAUACUAGUUUGCUAGUAAGUCUUUGAAAUCACCAGCUAAAAGGGUGAGUAAGUGUUUAGCGCCAAACAAUUUACACGAGAUGGGGACACCCACAGAGAACUGCUUAUCCCAUCAGAGCCCACUUGCCUGGCACGCGUAAAAGUGACCAGUUAUUUUGACAAUCACUUGGUCAUUCUCAUCAGGUGUCUGGUCACGAGGGACAACAACUUCUGCACUUGACAAAUUCUGGAGCUCAUUCACCUGAGAGAGAAAUAGGAAUCAUGUUAAGUCGAGGUGACUUCUUAAAUCAACUAUUUCCUGAGCACUUACUACAUGCCAAACACUGAGCUGUGGCUUUACAAAUUUCAUCUAAUCCAGCAAUAAUUCUGUCAGGUUAUUAAUACUGUCCCCAUUUCAAGAUAAUUAAAACCAAGUCUUACCCAAAGAAACCACUUGCCCAAAGCUAUACGUAUAAGUGAAUGGCAAAACCAGAUUCAGACCCUGAAAGUCCGAUUCCAAAGUGUAUACUCUCUAUCACUUCAAAAUUGUAAAUAGCUCUGAAAACAACUUAGAAGUUACAGAUGUUAAAGACACUAGAAACCAUUUGCCUUUUUCAGUUUCAGAGGUGUAAGGGUAGAUGAAUUUUUUUCAAAUUUUCAUGUCAUUUUGUGAUAAAAUUUAAUAAAGGUGGAGUUAAUAUGAACAGAAAAAUGCUAAAUGUUCCUUUAUAACUAUGAGCCGAUCCUCUCACACAAAGUGGUCUGGAAGAGAGAUGCAUUGCUUUUACUAGCAGCUGACACCAGCACUCAGGAGGAACAAAAGGCAGUCUUCUGCAAACCUUGGCCCAGAUGAUCCUGCCUUUUAUAAGUUAGCCAAAAUUCAGGGACUUGGAACGCCUAAGUACCUUUCAAUGCUUUCCCUUUCAUACCACUGCACAGGUUUUGCUGAAGUACUUGCCGUUUUGCCUCCUUUUCCAAUAACUCUGCCAGCAGCAAAGGAUGGCACUCUGAUGUGAGCUUCAAGUUUCACCUCUUCUUUAGGGCUAACAAAGUUUUCUUCUUUAAUUUUUCCAUAAAUUCUUCCCUGAGCCUAGAGAUGAAAACAUAUCCUGUCAGUGUCAUUCAUGUAAGCAGUGUCAUGAAGGAUGGCCCAGAUCCACUGCAAUAGCUCUUCACAGUGACACAUCUGCCUUUGACAGGUUGUUGAAUUGCGAGUAAGAGACGGAGACGUUAGGAAGCCCUAGAAAAGGGUGACAGUAACAACUACACGGCACAGAUAGGGUCAGUUGAAUGAUUGAUGAAAUAAAAAUAAGCCAUAUUCUUCUGACACAAA